AUGGACAGAGGCAUGUCUGUGUCUCUGUGGUGUGAGGAGGUGGAGGAGGACCAGAGCCUGGACCGGGCCCAGACUGAGCUCCGAGCCCCGGCCCAGGGCCACACCGGGGGCUCGGCUCAGCUGAGGGCCGCCUGGGACCCCACCGUGUCCGGGCAGCGUGUGAUCCAGAGGCUGCUCCACGUGGAGGAGAGGUACAUGCCCUCAAUGCUCUACAUCACCCUCGUCCAGCGGGACCCGCAGCAGAGGGAGGAGCUCGCCAAGUGGGCCCUCGAGGUGUGCUGUGAAUGCGGCUGCGACGAGGCGGUGUUCCCCCUGUCUGUCUCCCUGCUGGACAGGUUCCUGUCUGCCUCUCUGGUCCUGCCCGUCUCUCCCUACUGCCUCACUGCCGCCUGCAUCCUCAUCGCCUCCAAGCUCACAGAGUGUGAGAACGUCACGGCGGACACGCUCUGCGCCGCGGCCGAGUACAGCUUCCUGCCCUCGAACCUGCGGGAGAUGGAGCGGCUGAUCCUCGCCUCCCUGCGCUGGGACACGGCGGCGGUCACUCCUCAGGACUUCCUGCCUCACUUCCUGGCCGCCGUGGAGGAGAGGGCGGCGGCCGGGGAGAGGGACGCUGCCCCCGCGGAGCUGCUCUCCACCCUGCGGCGCCACAGCGACACCUUGGCCGCCAUGUGUGUGUGUGACUCCCGGUUCCUGGGGGCCCCUCCGUCGCUUGUCGCCGCGGCGUCCCUGAACUCGGCCCUGCGGGGUCUGAGCGACGGAGGGUCCGGCCAGCUGGCAGCCAUGAGUGAGGCGCUGGCGGAGCUGUGCCAGGCAGACCUGACUGUGCUGCAGUGCCACAGUGAGAUGGUCGAGUUUGCCCUCAGACAGCGGCUGCGUUGCGGGCUCCCGCAGGGCCCCGCAGAGAAGGACGCGGAGGUGGAGGCAGAGAGAGCCGGGACGCCCACCGACAUGACGGAGAUCGACUUCUGAACCCCUCAUGAGCUGCUGCUGCACGGAGAGGGACAACCAAUCAGAGCCCCUCAAGUUCAUCAGUCAAACUGAUAUAAAUUCAUUAUGACCUCACUUUUUUAUAUAUAUAUUUCGAAAUGACUUUAUUGAGCGACUCUUAAUUUAUUUUGUAUUAUUUAUUCAGGAGCAUUUUUUGCAAUUAUGAGUUUAUUUGAUGUGUUGUUUGUGCCAUAUUUUAUUUUAUAAUCCAUUUCACUGUGACUGCAACUGUAAUUUUAAUGUAGGCCUAGGUGUUAAUUUUUUAUGCAUACUAUUUAUACAUUUUAUUUAUUUAUCAAGUGCAAUUGCUUGGAUUCUUUUGAUGUUAAUUUAUUUCAAUCCGCCAUGACUUUGUGUUUGUGCGACGAGGUGCCGAAUUGUGUAUACAACAAAUCUAUUUUUCAAAGUAAUUAAAAGAUGUUUGUACA